AUGUCUAAAGGUCAAUGCUCAAAACAUUUUCCGAAAGAAUUCAUAGACGAAACGAACAUAGAUGAAAACGGAUUUGCUAUUUACAGAAGAAGAAAUAAUGGAAGAUUCGUGAAAAAAAACAAUGUUAAUCUUGACAACAGAUAUAUUGUGCCACACAAUUUACCAUUGAUAGUUAAAUAUCAAGCUCAUAUUAAUGUUGAGUGGUGCAACAAGUCAAGAUUGAUAAAAUAUUUGUUUAAGUAUAUCAAUAAGGGAUCUGAUAGAACAAGAGCUGUUAUAGAAGAUAAUAAUGUGUGCAAUGAGGGUAGCUCUAAUAAACAAAAUGAUCAAGUUGAUGAGAUUAAAAAGUAUUUGGACUGCAGAUAUUUAUCGGCAUAUGAAGCUAUUUGGAGGCUAUACCAAUUUGAUAUACAGUGCAGAGAGCCCACAGUUGAACAUUUGACAGUACAUUUGCCGAUGAUGAACAAUGUAACAUAUCAUGAAAGUCAGAACUUACUCGAUGUUUUAAAUAGAUGUAAUGUGGAGAAGACAAUGUUUAUUGAGUGGAUGGCCAUAAAUUCAAAAUACGAUGAUGCAUGCGAACUAACAUAUGCAGAAUUUCCGACUAAAUGGGUUUGGCAUUCGACUGAAAAAGUAUGGACAAAGCGUAAGAGAGGAAAUCGAAUUGGAAGAAUUGUUUAUAUCCAUCCGAAUGCAGGUGAACUUUAUUUUCUAAGGAUGCUUCUAACAAAGGUUAAAGGUCCAAAAAACUAUACUGAGAUUAGAAACAUUGAUGGUGUUGUGCAUGAAACUUAUCGCGCUGCAUGUGAUGCACUUGGGUUGCUUGGAAAUGAUAUGGAAUGGCGACAAGCAUUAGAGGAAGCAUCUCAUUGGUCUUCUCCUGCUGAUUUGAGACAACUUUUUGUUACUUUAGUCAUUUUUUGUGAGGUUGCUGAUCCAGUUAAAUUAUGGAAUGAGUUUUGGAAAAUGUUUACUGAUGAUAUUAUUUACAAAUUAAAGAAAGUGUUAGGACUUCGUGAGAUUCACAUGCCUGAAAUUGAACUGCAAAAUUAUGUCUUAUUUGAAUUGGAAGUAUUGUUCAAUCAAAAUUCAAGCUCACUCUCCCAAUUUAACCUCCCAAUUCCUAAUCGAUUUGUCCUAGAAGAUAUGAGCAAUAAAUUGUUAAGAGAAGAACUAGACUAUGAUGUAUGUGCUUUGAAAUUAGAACACACAAAAUUAUUUGAAGGAUUGAACGAAGAGCAAUUAACAAUAUAUAAUUCUGUUUUGACCUCUAUUCAUGAAAAUAGAGGGGAUGUGAUUUUUGUGUAUGGACAUGGUGGGACAGGAAAAACUUAUCUUUGGCAGACAAUUAUCUCAAAAAUUCGCUCAGAAGGCAAGAUAGUAUUAGCUGUUGCUUCAUCUGGAAUUGCCUCUCUUCUACUUCCUGGUGGGCGUACAGCACAUUCAAGAUUCAAGAUACCUAUAAAAUUAGAUGAGUAUUCAACAUGUGAAGUGAAAAAAGGAAGCCAACUUGCAAAAUUGCUUUCUUAUGCCAGCUUAAUUAUAUGGGAUGAAGCACCAAUGAAUCAUAAAAACUGUUUUGAAGCUUUAGAUAGAACAUUGAGAGAUAUUUUAAAAUCAGAUGAUGGAGGAACUGAGCAACGUUUAUUUGGUGGCAAAACUAUAAUAUUUGGAGGAGAUUUUCGACAAAUCCUCCCUGUUAUUGUUGGUGGGACAAGGCAAGAUAUAGUUAAUGCAUCAAUCACCAAAUCAUACAUCUGGGACGUUUGUAAAGUUUUUCGGCUAUCAACAAAUAUGAGAUUGCUUAAAUGUCCAUCUAAUGACAUGUCAAAAGAAGAAUUGGCGAAGUUUGCUAAAUGGAUACUUGAUUUAGGUGAUGGUAAAUUGAAUGCCAUUAAAUUAGACAACGAAGAAGAGGCUACGUGGAUCACAAUACCUGACGAUUUGCUCAUCAAAACUAAUGGAGAUGGUGUUAAAGAUAUUAUUUCUGCUAUUUAUGGGGAUAUUCAAGAAAACUACAAUAAAGUCUCAUAUUUAAGAGAUAGAGCUAUUAUUACACCAAUGAAUGAAACAACUGAUGAAAUAAACAAAUACGUUCUUUCUUUGCUGCCAAAUGAAGAGAAGGUUUAUUUGAGUUCUGAUUCACUUUGUAAAUCAUCAAGAAAUGCUGAAGACAAUGAUGUUCUCUAUCCUGUUGAUUUUUUGAACUCUCUGAAAUUCAAUGGUGUACCUAAUCAUGAGCUUAAAUUAAAAAUAGGGGCUCCAAUAAUGUUGCUACGCAAUAUCAACCAAAGUGCAGGAUUGUGUAAUGGAACUCGGUUAGUUAUUACUCAAUUGGCUUCAAGAGUUAUUGAGGCACAGAUUUUCACUGGAAACCAUGUAGGUGAAAAGGUUUAUAUUCCUCGCAUUGUAAUGAAUGUGACGGAAACAAAAUGGCCUUUUACAUUAAAAAGAAGACAAUUUCCUGUUCGUUUAUGCUAUGCCAUGACAAUUAAUAAAAGUCAGGAACAAACACUACAAAAAGUUGGACUUUAUUUGCCAAGGCCUGUAUUCUCACAUGGUCAGCUUUACGUUGGAGUUUCUCGAGUUACAUCCCGGGAUGGAAUACGAAUCCUAAUUGAAGAUAAAGAGAAGACUUUGGAAGGAUAUACACAAAAUAUUGUCUACAGUGAAAUUUUUUAUGAUUUGAACCAAUAA